GAGGCUACUGAUGACCCAAGUGCGAAGAUGCAAUGGACUCAUUUCCACAAUGUUGUUCAGAGGUACCAGGUCGUCAUGGAAGGCUGGCCCAAGAAGAUUCCUUUUAUGAACCUGAGCCAAUCAUCGAGCGCACUUGCAGACCUUGAAAUGCUUUGGUGCAAGUGGGACGCUAACAAGAUAUACUGGAGGGCCUUGAGUGACGAGGAAUUCGCAGAACUCCAUAAGGAAUGUGAAGACAAGCUCGAGAGUGGCGAACUAGUUGAUUGUCACCACUGCCAGAGAUCAGACAAAGGAAAGAAACACAACAUACAGAUGCGAGGAAGUCUACUACUUGCCACGAGCAGUACAGGAGCAAGGAAAUUAUUGCUGACAGCGAUGACAGUGGUAUGGAGGAAGAGGAACCAAUUUGUGAGCCAGCAACAUCAUCUGGUGGUGUUGCUGCAACUGUCAGUGGUUCUGGUUCUGGUUCAGCCUCUUCUGAUGUGUCUCAUCCUGUUCCACAGCCUUCUGAUUUUAGUUAUCCUGGUGAGCAGCCUUCAGAUGGUGAUUCUGGAUCCUUUGACAAUUAUUUCAACCUUCCCCUGUUCAACUGUGAAUCAUUGUUGUCUGAGUUAG